GGUUUCAUAGGUUUCAUCGUUUUACAGGUUUCGUAGCUUCAUAAGUUUCGUGGUUUCAUGGUUUCAUGGUGUCGUGGGUUUUAUGGUUUCGUGGAUUUUGUGGUUUUGUGUGGUUCAUGGUUUCAUAGGUUUCUUGGUUUCAUAGGUUUCGUGGUCUCAUAGGUUUCAUGGUUUCGUAUGUUUUAUGAUCAACCAGACAUGACAGGUUCAAAGUACUGAAGGUGUCAUGUUGCAGAACAGCGGAGGUGUUGAGCAAUCUGUAGCGUCUCGUACUUUUGUUUGACUUAAGUUAUCGAGUUCUCCGAAACAAAAGCUAAACAAGGAAAUGCGUUCUUUAAGGUAGGAAACAAACGUUUAUUAUAAUUUUUCACUGGAAAUAGUUUUUAGGUGUCUUUAUUUUUUCUAAUAUUGGGUAACAUGCCACGAUACAGAUGCUUUCUAAGUCUAGCGUGAUGAUCACGCUAUCCUGACUAAAAUAUACUCAUCAUUCUCAAUUUUCAAAGCUUUUAUCAAUCUAUCCGGAUACAGACAAUACCUAUACUUUUUUUAAUGAUUGAACAACUUAAACAGCCUUUUCAUUGAGUGUAUAUACCGUAGACAAACGUUCAAACCGCGAGCCACAGCAUGAGUUUGAUGCCUUCUGUCAGCAAUAAUAUACUGCAGGAUAAUUUCUUUCCAGACACUCGUUAGAUGUUUCACGGACAUCCUGGCAGUCGAUAUUUAAUACAAAUAUACCUCGUGUACUGUUUGAUUUACAAAAAGGCUCGUAGUGCGAUGGCAAAGAUUCUUUCAAACUGAAACCUAGACAACCAUUAAUUCAUAAAACCCACAAGACCGGCUGGUCCGAAAACGAGGAGUGUGGAGUGCAGAGUGCCCAUGUGAAUUAACCCUCGAACCAUUCAACAACUUGUCAACUGCGUGUCCUAAAGUUCUCAUGAUUGAUGAAAUUCAAACUAAAUCCUUGACAAUUUUUUCAGUGCUGAAAAAUAGUAAUAUAUUUAAUUCUGGAUUGACAAUUAAAGAACCAAAUAAAUACACAGGUAAAGUUGCACUUUGAGAAAACAAAUUCGAAAUUAUUUUCCCAAAAAACCCAUUUAACUGGCAGCGACGCUUGUCUCACCAAUUCCAUGUGCCACUGCGGCCAUACACCGAAUGCAAAUAUGGCGGACCACUCGGGCGGCCCAGGACGAGUUGCGCGAAGUCGAGGCUAGUUAGGCCUCGAACUUGUUUACAAAACACGUAUUCAGCAAUGUGUCUCUUGCACUUGUCGAAGUUUUAGCGAAGUUUUUACUAUGCCUACGGGUUGUUGUGUCCCUCAGUGUCACCAGAAAGGGGUUAAAUUGCCAACAGGAGAGAAAGUGUCGUUUUUUGCAUUUCCAAAAUCACCCGAAAGAAGAAAACAGUGGAUUCACGCGAUCCGCCGAGAUGAAGGAAAACAGUGGCAGAUCACACCCGAUACAAAAGUAUGUUCAUUGCACUUCAGACGAGAGGAUCUCAGGACAUCUUUAAAUGGCCGACAAUAUAUUGCCGAACGCGGUGUGCCUUCACGGUUUGCUUGGUCUGUUCCUACUCCAACAAAAAGAAAAGCACCUACCGAAAGGGUUUUCGUGCCUAUGAAGAAAAAGUUGUUUACACCUGAGGUGAGUUCUGAAACGAACGAUGAAGGUUCGACUGCUCCUGAAACCGUGCAUGUAGAUUCAGGAAUUCCAGAUUCAGCAUGUCAAACAAGCGAAAUGGAUCAAAUAAAACGAAUUCAGGAACUUGAGAUCCAGCUUCUGCAAGUUCAACAGGAGUUAACAAGUCUUUGCCUCGAGAACACUGAACUAAAGAGAAAGCUUGCUGAAAGUGACAGCCAGCAGGAAGAAAUUUCUUCUCGUUUAUUUUCACUUGAUUGCUUCAAGUCUGAUGCCGAUAUUAGUUUUUACAUGGGUCUUCCUAAUUAUGCCACUUUCACAGCCAUUUAUGAGUUCUUGAAUCCUGGCGAGGACUGUGAAAAUAUUUGCCCUCGGAGCAGCUCAGACAUCCCAGAGGAGUUUUACAACUCAGACAGCUCCGAUGAGGAGGAAGACGUCCAAGUGGCGAAGAAAGGACGCCAAUGAAAAAUUAGGCCAGUAGAUGAAUUUUUUAUUGUUUUGUGUCGCUUAAGAAGAGGGUUUUCUGAACGACAUCUAGCCAAUCUUUAUGGUGUGGCACAAUCUACUAUAAGCAGAAUGUUUAUACCGUGGAUCAAUUUUAUGUACUUGAAAUUUGGUCAAGUCUGUUUUUGGCCAUCUAAGGAAGUUAUUCAAAAAACCAUGCCAGCUGAUUUCAAAGAGAAAUUCCCCUCAACAAGAAUUGUAAUAGACUGCACUGAGGUUUUUUGUGAGAUGCCUAGUAGUCUGCUUCUGAACUCUGAGCUUUUCAGCUCAUAUAAGAACCAUGUGACACUAAAGGGGCUUGUUGGAAUUUCCCCAAGUGGGGCCAUCACCUUCAUGAGCCAGCUUUACACUGGGAGUAUUUCUGAUCGGGAAAUUGUGCUGCGAAGUGGUUUACUGUCCCAAGCAUUUGAUGAUGGGGAUUCAGUGAUGGCCGACAAAGGUUUUCAAAUUCAAGACAUUUUACCCCUGGGUGUAAGUUUAAACAUCCCACCCUUUCUUGGAGGCAACAGUCAGAUGUCAGCAGAGGAUGUGGUCAGAACUCAACAAAUUGCCAGUGUGAGAAUUCAUGUGGAAAGGGCAAUUAACAAAAUUAAAAACUUUCGGAUCUGGGAAGGAGUUGUACCUUUGAGUUUAUUCGGAGUUGUAAAUCAGAUGUGGACUGUAUGCGCAUUCCUCUGCAAUACUCAGGAUCCACUUAUAUCAGGAUAAGUAAAGUUUUCUAGUCUGCGUGUAACUGUCUCGUAUAUUUUCCUCAAAUAGGAAACCCCUGGCUAAAGCUAACAAUAAUUAUUAUAAGUUGUUUGGACAAAUAUUUUGUCAUUUUGUCAUACUUUUUAACAUUCUCUACAUUUUAUUGAUAAAAUUAUUUCAAGGUUUUACAAUCUAAUUUGGUUUGCUCAAAAAUACCAGCACUUAAAUAACAUGAGUAAAGAUUUUUAUCAUAUGCAUUGUCAUGUAUAUUUACAGAGAAUUAUUACUCCUUCUGCGGCUAACUACUGUUGUUUGUACAAAAUAAUGGACAGUAUUAAACAGGAACAUAACAUUACUGUUUUGUUAAAUUGGAGUACUAAAUAACAUCAGUAUUGUUAUAAUGGUUCUCUUGCUGCUAAAGCUAGAAAGUGCCUGAAGUAAUACAACUUUAGUGUUUCCCUUAAAUUAUUCCAGUACUGAACAUCUAAUGGGAUGCGCUCGAUACUCAUUCCUUUGCUGGUGUAGACAACAAAAUCGCACCACCUGGCCCCAGUUACCCCCAUCAAACCCUGAACUUGAGUAAAGUACUUAUGCGUUCACUUAAGUUUUGGCAUCCCGUUCACUUCUUCCAAAAAGAAAUUACUAUCCGAACAUGCAUCUAGAGGAGUCACUAGAUAUUUGGUCUCAGGGCACUUAACUUCAGAGAGUCCAAAAGGGUUUGAACACCCGGGGUCAAUGACCUUUCCAUCGGGGGAGGCACCUAAGUAUGGGGAAUCAGAGCUUAUGACAAGUCCUGACUU